AUGAGUGGUCGCGGCAAGGGAGGAAAAGGACUCGGUAAAGGAGGCGCUAAGCGUCACCGCAAAGUUCUCCGUGAUAACAUCCAGGGAAUCACCAAACCCGCCAUCCGCCGUCUGGCUCGCCGUGGUGGAGUGAAGCGUAUCUCUGGUCUGAUCUACGAGGAGACCCGCGGUGUGCUGAAGGUGUUCCUGGAGAACGUGAUCCGUGAUGCCGUCACCUACACCGAGCACGCCAAGAGGAAGACUGUGACCGCCAUGGAUGUGGUGUAUGCUCUGAAGAGGCAGGGUAGACGGGGGCCGUCACCAUCUCACAGCCGCUCUCAGAAAGAAAUCAUGGCAAGAACCAAGCAGACCGCUCGUAAAUCCACCGGAGGCAAAGCCCCGAGGAAGCAGCUGGCCACCAAGGCUGCCCGUAAGAGCGCCCCGGCCACCGGCGGCGUGAAGAAACCUCACCGUUACAGGCCCGGUACCGUGGCUCUGAGAGAGAUCCGUCGCUACCAGAAAUCCACCGAGCUGCUCAUUCGCAAGCUGCCCUUCCAGCGCCUGGUCCGAGAAAUCGCUCAGGACUUCAAGACCGACCUGCGCUUCCAGAGCUCCGCUGUCAUGGCUCUGCAGGAGGCCAGUGAGGCUUACCUGGUGGGCCUGUUUGAGGACACCAACCUAACUAUUGUAGUAGAAAUGAGUGGUCGCGGCAAGGGAGGAAAAGGACUCGGUAAAGGAGGCGCCAAGCGUCACCGCAAAGUUCUCCGUGAUAACAUCCAGGGAAUCACCAAACCCGCCAUCCGCCGUCUGGCUCGCCGUGGUGGAGUGAAGCGUAUCUCUGGUCUGAUCUACGAGGAGACCCGCGGUGUGUUGAAGGUGUUCCUGGAGAACGUGAUCCGUGAUGCCGUCACCUACACCGAGCACGCCAAGAGGAAGACUGUGACCGCCAUGGAUGUGGUGUAUGCUCUGAAGAGGCAGGGUCGCACUCUGUACGGCUUCGGAGGUUAAAUCAUUGACUGUUCAUUACUGGAAACCAAAGGUCCUUUUAAGGGCCACCCAUAUCCUCU